UUGUGGAGGUCAUUCAGAAUCAAAACAAACUAGCGAUUGAAGGCAUGUGGAAGUCUUACAUAGUUCCAUGAUUACAUCGAGUUCAACGAUGUUAACGUUGACUGGGAUUUUGUUUUGGAAGAUGUCCGCUUUUCUGAAGACGAUCUGACACAAGAUACCACUGCCGAUAUUGUUUCUGACAUUCAAAGUCAAGAUGUCCCGAUCACACAUUCGUCUUGUGAAACCACCCACUCAGGAAAUCCAAGACCGAAUAACAGAAAUGAUCAACGAGUGUUUUAUUCAUGCCCGUCAUGCGAUAAAACUUUCAAAAGUGCUAGCGGAUUUAGAGGACAUACUAAGGUUAUCCAUGGUCAAAAUCUAAAAGCAUCUCAAUAUAAAUCGACAAAAGACAUGAACGCCGAUCAGCAAUGUGAAGAUGUACCAGGUUCAAAACACAACCACUCCACCACCAAACAGUCAAAACCCAAGCCAGGUUUCUCCAGGUCUGCUCCUGUCUAUACAGAGCAGAAUUUAAAAGACAAUUUGGCAGAAUUAGUUCAUCUAGCACUAGUGGAAAUGAGAGAAGAUGACAAUCUUAAGGUAAAUGGAAGCGUCAAUGGUCAUGCAGUUGCUGCGAUGGCACAUCAAAUCGCCAGUAAAUUGGGGUCAGGAUUUCUUUCUUUGCCAGAGAAUCUGAUAACUCAACUGUCCGCACAACUAUGGGAAGCAGUGACGUCAGGAGAUAAAGAGAAAACGUAUUCAGCCUACAAUGAACAUGUUUGGACUGGGUUUUAUAAAAUUUUAAUCAACAAAGCCAUGACACAGUCUUUAAUUAAUUUUUGCAAAGUAUGUUUUAUUGAUAAUGCCCAACAUGUACUGUUGUUUCAAACAGUAAGAGUGUUUUUACUGAAUUUAGUCACCAUAUUAGGCUCAAACGAGACAGAACAGACACCUAGCGUGAUGAACACACUGCUUUAUUGA